ACCCAAAAAUGCAUGAAAUUUUCAAGUAUGCACCAGAAAUAACACAAACAGGAUUUAAUAAUAUAUAUGCAUGCUAUGAUCUUGGAGUAGCUCAUCUUCAAGAAAUUUUGCGACAGGACGUAUAUAAGGUUGAACCAAGAAAUACAGUGGGCUGUAAAAAACACAAUUUAGUAGUACACAAGCUGCUUUCACUAUUAGAAUACCAAAAAAAAGAAAUACAAAUAAAUAAACUAACAAGAAAUAGCAAUUCACAAAACAGUCAGAUUGAAAAUAACAAUGUAAGUACCAGGCUAUUGUAUGAACAAACAGGUACAAAAUGUCAACGUAGAGCUAUGAAUGAUAAUGAAAAAAAAGUUCUUGAGGAUUUACUUAAAUAUGAUACCUUUCCUGAAGAUAAAGCCAUCGAAAUCUUAAGACAACUUCAGGAACAAAGUAAUGAUUGGGACAUGCAACGUGUUCAAAUCUACUGGAAUAAUAAUCACCACAACAAGAAAAAAAAGUUUCUUCUGAUAUAUAAACCAAGGGUAUAG